CCCAUAUGUUGAGAAGCAUUGACCGUCGUUUUGUUGCGUGUUGCUCUGUCAUAUUACAUUUUCUAAAUCAACAGAAUGCCGCGUGGUGGAAAGGUGAAUAAAAAAGGUAGAGCAAGGCAUUUCACCAGCCCUGAAGAGCUGGAGAGGCAAAGAAGAGAAGACCAACGGAAUUGGAGGGCCAAACAAGAGGAAGCAUCAGAUUCUGACUCUGAUGAGAGCAAGUCAGACAAAUCAGGCUCAGGCUCUGGUUCUGAAUCAGAAGAGGAUUCAGGGAAUGUGAAACCUCCCAAUGCAGCUGUUGAUAUUGAAAAUCCUAACCAUGUGGUUAAACAAGCAAAAAAAGUUGGAGAGUUAGACGUUAAUGAUGCAUCAAAACCUGAGCUUUCACGUCGUGAACGGGAAGAAAUAGAUAAACAGAAAGCUCGAGAGCAUUAUCAAAAGCUUCAUGCCCAGGGUAAGACUGAUGAAGCCCGUGCAGAUUUAGCUAGGUUAGCCAUUAUCCGACAGCAACGCGAGGAAGCUGCCAAAAAGCGCGAUGACGACAAGAAAAUGAAAGAGGCUGAGAAGGCAGCCAAGACUGCAAGUAUUCAAAAAGCAAUAGGAAAACGGACAUGAAAAAUACAUCGUGGCUUAACCAUUA